AUGAGUUCAGGAUACAAUAAUAAUGAAGAUGAAUAUGAUCCAAAUAAUAAAGAACAAUAUCGACAAACAGAAGUAAGAGAAGCAAUAACUUUUUUAAUUGAAAUAACACCAGAAAUUUUAAAACCUUCAAAUGAUUUAAAUCAAAUAUCACAAUUAAAAGAAAUAUUAAUAAGUAUAAAUGAAUUAAUGCAAGAAUUAAUUAUAACUUCAAGAAAUACUGGAAUUGGAAUAUAUUUUUAUAAUUGUGAAACUAUACCACCAUUAAAAAAUUUAUUAAUUCCUACAUUUAAUUCAUUAUUUAAAUUAAAUGUUUUAAAUUUAUCAAAUAUGGUUAAAUUAAAUGAUUUAUUAACUAAUCAUGAAGAUUUAACUAGUGUUUUUAAAUAUAAAAAAAUGAAAGAAGAAUCAGAAUUAAAUUCAAUUUUAAGUAAAAUGAUAAAUCAAUUAAUGGAAAAAAAAGAAUUUAACAAGAGAAGAAUGAUUUGGAUAACAAAUAAUGAUCAACCUUUUCAAAAAGAACUGACUUUAGAAAAUUUAAAAAGAACAGUUGAUGAUUUUGAUGGAUUUGGUUUUAUUAUUGAUCCUAUGUUUAUUAGUUUUAAUCAUGAAAAACCAUUUAAAUUUGAUAAAUUUAUUGAUAUAUUUUCAAAUACAAAUUUUUUAAAAAUUAAUCAAGGUGAUGAUGAUGAAUUUGGAGGAAAUAAGAGAAUAAAAUUAGAAGAUCAAACUAGUCCCACACUCUUUGAUAAAUCAAAACAACAAAUAAAUUAUCAACAACCUAUAUUAAGUAAUCAAAUUAAAAAAAAAAUCUUGAGUAUAAGAAAUAUAAAUAGAGUUCAAUUUUCAUGUCCUUUAAUAUUAAGUGAUAAUGGAAGUGUUGGUGGAAGUUUAGGUUGUAAUAUAAAAGGUUAUACAUUAUAUAAUCAUGAAAAAAUUAAAAAAUCUGAAAUUUCAUUAUAUUUAAAAGAAGAAGAUAUAAAAAAAGUUUAUAUAAAAUCAAAUUUAAUUAAUGAAAAAACUCAAAAUCCAAUAAAUUUAAAAGAAGAUAGAAAUUUAUCAAUUGUUGAAAAAAAAGAAGAAAGUGGGAUUUUCAAGGGGUUUCCAUUGGGUGGUGGAGAUGAUAUAUUAUUAUUAAAUCGUGAACAAAUUGAAUUUUUAAGAAAUUAUACUUUUGAUCAUAGAUUACAGGAAAAAAGUGAAACUAAAGAUAUAAAAAAAGAAGAUUUAGACGAAGUGGAAUUCCCAGAUGAUAUAGAAGAUCAAGAUGAUAAUAAUUAUAUUUUAUCAAUCUCAUAUUCAAAAGCUCCUUAUUUAAAAAUUAUAGGAUUUAGAGAUUUAAAUACUUUUAAUCCUUCAUAUAUUUGUUCAACUCCAAUUUUCAUAAGUGCUGAUUUAAAUAAUGGAAUUUCGGCAAAUAAUGCAUCAAAACAAUCUGGAGGUUUUACUAAUUCAUUAAAAACUUUUGCAUCAUUAUAUAGAUCAACAUUAAAAUUACAAAAAUAUAUUAUUGUUAUUGGAUGUAUUAGAUCUAAUUCAAAACCUCAUUUAUAUGCAAUGUAUCCAACUCAAACAAUUUGUUCAUCAAAAAGUGACUUAAAAAAUGAAAAUAAUACAGAAGAUGUUGAUGAUGAAUUACCUCAAGGAUUUUUAUUAUGUAAAUUACCAUGGUUAGAAGAUUUUAGAGCAUUACCAUCAAAUUAUAUUCAAUAUAUUGAAAAAUCAACCACCGAAGAAGAAUCAGAAUCAUCAUUAAUUGAUAGACCACUAGUUAAUGAAUUUAAAAAUUUAUUUAAAAAUUUUGAAAUUAAUAGUUAUAAACCUCGAGAUUAUCCAAAUCCUUCAUUAAAUUAUUAUUUUAAUGUUAUAAAACAUGAAUUAUUACAAUUACCAUUUUUACCAACUGAUAAAUCAUUACAAAAAAAUGAUAUAACUUUUAGGAAAUUAGUUGACUUAAAAAAGAAUUUAACUGAUGAUGAUAAGUCAACUAUAUCUAAAAUUAAAGAAAGAAUUGGAGAAUUAUCAACAAAUUCAAAAAAUUCAGAACCAUUAUCUACUACCACCUCCAAAAUUAGUUCAACAAAAAAUAAUGAAAUAACAACUGAAGAAAUUUUAAUAGCUUGGAAAAAUAAUAAUUUAAAUAUUUUUAAUAUGAAUCAAUUAAAACAAUUUAAAAAAUUAAAUCCUGAUAUUCAAACUGCUGUUAAAAAACAAGAUAUGAUUAAUAAUAUUUCUGAUUAUUUAGAAAAAAAUAUUAAAAAAAUGAAUUAA